UAUUAAAAACUUUAAUGUGAUGUGUAAGUUAGCUAGCUAGCUGCUAUUUUAGCAGCAGGUUGUUGUUAGUUGGCUAGCUAACUGUUAGGUGUGCUGCUAUGGGAAAGCUGUGCAGCAGUUUAAACAUAAUUUCCGACGUUGACAGACAUGAGUGCAUUCUGAAAUAUUUCUGGCAUAGCUAGCUACAUUUGUUCCAGUGUUCUGCUACAGAUAAAUUGCUGAGAAGUGUAGGGACAGUUGACGAUAUGACCACUUUUGUGAUGUUCAUGCAAGAGCACAUACUCAACUAAAUACUAAACCUGUGUAGGCGGCUUGCUGUGUGUUCUCACAGCCAGACAUGUAAGCAUCUCAACCUUUCACCCAGUCCCCUCUCCACUGGGAAUUUGUUCAGCAGUGGGACCAGGGCAUUGAGUGAGACUGGACCCUCGCAGGCUAAAUUCUUUCCUGCAAAUGAGGGAUCAAUGCUGCUCCCUGGGACUUACAAAGGCAAAGUGGCCUUUAUCACAGGAGGAGGAACGGGGUUGGGAAAAGGCAUGACCACAACACUGUCAGCACUAGGGGCAGAGUGUGUCAUCGCUAGCAGAAAACUGGAUGUUUUGAAAAAGACUGCAGAGGAAAUUACAGCUCAGACAGGAAAUAAGGUCCAUGCUGUGCAGUGUGAUGUUAGAGACCCCAAGUCAAUUGAAGCUGCUGUGGACCAACUGGUAGAGGUUGCUGGUCUCCCUGAUGUGGUGAUCAACAACGCUGCAGGGAACUUCAUCUCCCCGUCAGAGAAGCUGUCUGCCAACGCAUGGAGGACCAUCACAGACAUCGUCCUGAACGGCACGGCCUUCGUCACCCUGGAACUGGGCAAGAGGCUGAUACUGGCCGAGAAGGGUGCUGCGUUUCUGGCCAUCACCACCAUCUACGCAGAGACCGGCUCUGGAUUUGUGGUUCCCAGUGCGGCUGCCAAGGCAGGAGUGGAAACUCUGUGCAUGUCUCUGGCUGCGGAGUGGGGGAGGUACGGCUUGAGGUUUAAUGUCAUCCAGCCAGGACCAAUCAGAACCAAGGGGGCCUUCAGUCGUCUCGAUCCCACGGGCAUGUUUGAGAAGGCCAUGAUCGGCAGGAUACCCGUGGGCAGGCUGGGCACGCCCGGAGAGAUUGCCAACCUGGCAGCCUACUUGUGCAGUGACUAUGCCAGCUGGGUGUCUGGAGCGAUAAUUAGAAUGGACGGUGGAGAGUAUGUCUCCAUGGCAGGAGAAUUCAAUGAUCUGAGGAGGGUCACUAAGGAGCAGUGGGCUAUGAUGGAGACCAUGAUCAGGGGCACCAAGGGAUCCUAAGAAGUCAAGAUGGGAACACGAUACUUCCGGGGCAGCAGGUAGCCUAGUGGUUAGAGCGUUGGACUAGUAACUGAAAGGUUGCAAGAUUGAAUCCCCGAGCUGACAAGGUAAAAAUCUGUCGUUCUGCCCCUGAACAAGGCAGUUAACCCACUGUUCCUAGGCCGUCAUUGAAAAUAAGAAUUUGUUCUUAGCUGACUUGCUUAGUUAAUUAAAGGUUAAAAAAAUUAUAUUUACUAACUCUCUACCACUGUUAAUGCUCCAGGGAAACACAGAUACUGUACACACAGACAAUCUUUCCCUCUGUUUCUGACCUAAAACAGAGAUUAUACCAUGUCAGGGAAUAUGGCUACAGGAUCGACACACACACACACAGCCUUCUCUACAAACACAUUCUCACACACUCACUUAACCUCAAGCCUUAUUUCUCAUUGCCUAAUGGACAAAUCGACAGGAUGGGGACAGUAGGGCAGCAUUUGAAGAGAAAAUGGCUUCAUCAGGAGGCCAACUAUUUAGAGGAGGUUCUCUCUCUCGAACCUCAUCUUUUCGUUCUCACUCGGUCUGAGAUUCUACUGGCUACAGCACUCCCUGGAUGAAACUGGCUUCUUGUUGGUUGAAAAACCUGUCCGUUCCUACGAUUGACUUGGUAUUUUGCUAGUAACAUUUAUCAUUUGUUUUUACAAUGAUGCCUUGAAAAGAAUGAAUUCUGUUCUUUUUCAAAAACAUGUUUCAAUGGCCUAUCUAAGUUGACGUCCAGUAAUGCUAUUCAUUGCUGUUAAGUGAUUGUGUUGUGCUCUGUGUGUACAAUAAGUGAGGUUUACAUGAAUAUGUCUGUGUGGAGUAUGUUGAAUAAAAGACAGUAGACAUUUUA